AAAGAGUCAGGGUACCCGACUGAGCAACAAACUUUUUAGAAAACAACAUGGCUGCCGCCGCGGGUGAACGAAUUGGCGAAGACGGGGCAUAUUAUUUGGAGCAGGCCUCACUUCCUGGUGAUUCUGACGAUGAGUUUAAUUAUGAAGAGGUCCCCAUCGAUGAUGACUUCGCAUCAGAACCAGAUGAGGAUCUACAUGCAGCAGUCAGGACUAUACAGGAAGCACAGGAGGAUCAAGAAGCUUUGAUGAGAGGAGAAAGAUUGGUUCCUCCACCAGUCAACCUGAGGCCAGAGUUGGUGGAUGACUUUGUCCGUAACUUCCUGGUGAAGAUGGGUAUGACGCGAACCAUGGACUGCUUCCAAACCGAAUGGUAUGAAUUGCAGCAGCGUGGCCUACUGAAUGAGGAGGACGUCAAGACAGUGCCUGACCUGUACACGCGCAACCAGCAAAUGGACGACCAGGUCAAGACACUCAGGAGGGACUUGGACAAGUUUAAGAAUGCAGCAAAUAAGGCCAAGGACACUUACGUCAAGCUACGCAAGGAGCGAGAUUUCAACCGCAUGCAUCACAAGAGAGUGGUACAGGAGAAAAACAAACUGAUUGAUGACAUUAAACGGCUGAAGAAGCACUAUGCAUCUUACGAGCCAACCUUGCAACAGCUGAAGCAGAAGUACGAGAUGGCCAUGAAGGAGAAGAUGUUGGCCAAGCUGGAGCGAGACCGGGCCGUUAAUCAGGUGGCUGGCCUGCAAGCCACAUUGCGCAACUUAGAAUCAGGCAGUCGAGACAGUGGUUCCCUGGAAUUUUCCAAAGCAGACCGUCGGCUGAUGUUUGCCUCCGGGGUGGGACCCACGCAGAGCGCUGUGCGUCAGGCAAGGGAGAUGUUCUCCAGACCCCGCCAGCCAGACCCAGAGAACAUGGACGUCACAGCUCAGCCUCAGCCUAGACACCCAGAUGAUUCGGAAUUCCCAGUGGAUACUGGUGUCAACCCACAGCUGACGAAUAUCAAAGGACCCUCGGCCCAUCUGACUCGCACUGGAGGGUUUCGCCUGACCCACACCAUCCAGGCACACAGUCUGGCUGUCAGUGGCAUUGCCCUGCAUCCGCGCAAGCAGAUUCUGGCCACGGUCAGCGACGAUCACACCUGGAAGAUGUGGGCUAUCCCCAGCGGUGACAUCAUCAUGACAGGGGAAGGCCACACAGACUGGGUGGCAGACUGCGACUUCCAUCCAAGUGGGGCCCAGCUUGUUACAGCCAGCGGAGAUGCUACGGUCAAGAUAUGGGAUUUCUCCAAAGCAGAGUGUGUACACACCUUCACUGAACACCAACAUGCAGUGUGGGGAUGUUCUUGGCACACCGGUGGUGAUUUCAUAGCGAGCUGCUCCAUGGAUAACACCUCCAAGAUCUGGGAUCUCAACAGUUUGCGAUGUCGCUUUACCCUUCGAGGCCACACCGAUUCCGUCAACAGUAUCAUAUUCCUGCCCUACUCCAACACGCUUCUGACCUGUUCUGCCGAUAAAACGGUUUCCCUCUGGGAUGCACGAACAGGUAUAUGCGGACAGACCUUCUAUGGCCACUCCCACUCCGUCAACAACGCCACCUUCAACCUCAAGGGCGACACGGUGGCAUCCUGCGACAGCUACGGUAACGUCAAGCUCUGGGAUGUGCGCACCUGCGCUCCCAUGGCAUCUGUUGACGUGGGCCCGCAUCCCGCCAACCGAGUUGCAUUCGACGGAUCGGGCUCGGUGCUGGCCAUCGCGAGCAAUGACGGCACGACAAAGAUGUUCGAAGUUGCAAGUGGACAGGUGUCCAACCUGGCAGGUCAUGAGGACGCUGUGCAUUCCGUCUGCUUUGAUAAAUCUGGUGAUUUCCUCGUCUCCGGCAGUAGUGACUGCACUGUCAGGAUCUGGUCCUAGAUUCAGACAAAAAAAAGGAGUUUGGAGCAAGAUAUUGUUUUUUUUCCUUUGGGAGUUUGAACUUGUACAGCAGAUGUUUAAUGAGUGUAACUUUAAUCUUCAUGAAAGAUUUUUGGAAGGCAGUGAAGGAGACGAUGGGGUAUCAGUUUGAAUAAGACAGAAAUACAUUCAGUGUUUCUCCAUUUUCAGAAGAGUAAAAACAAGGGCGAGAAUUAAAGUACUUCUUCAGAGUAUGAAAUUGUAAUAUUUCUGAGAUUUUACUGGCACUCACAUUGUUGUAACAAUUAAGUUGAAUGUUUAGAGAUAUUAAGCAUUUGUGAGAAAAAAAAAUGUCGGUGAAGAUAUUUGGAGCAUUCGAUUUGUAAAAAAUAUAAACAAAUUAAAAUAAUACACUCAGUAUGAAACACAAGUCCAUUCAAGUAUAAUUCAACACUGUACUUGGCAAAACAAAUAAGAUGUUUGAGGCAUUGCAUCUGUAUUGCACUUCUUAAACAUAUUAUUCUUUCUCCGUCCAAUUUUAAGAUGCAAUUCAAACAAAUCCUAUUUUUGUACCAAUUGUAAAAGCGUUGUCAAGUAUUCAGAGCAGAACAUGACUGAAGAUUAAGGAUAAGGGUUUAUAGGGCUUGACCUUGUGUUUAAAAUGUUCCUAUCUUUGUUUCCUAGUAACAAAGUUAGAAAGUCUUUCUUGCUAACAAAGUAGCAAGUCUUUACUUAAAAGAUAUAAAUACCUCAAUUUACUGUUACUUACGGCUCAAUUGAACCCAUUUGUAUUAGAGAUUUUCCAUUUUUGAAAUGUACAUGUAAUACUAUAAAUUUGCUUUGACUUGUUCUGAUAAUUGAUUGGAAAAUAUAGCUGUUUACAGAUGAUAA